ACAUGGAAUGUAUUUGUACCAGAAGCUGGCCCUAAGGAGCAAGAAGCAAGCCCAACGCUUCCCUUAAGCUGCUGUGUACGCUGCCGUCUUUUACUUUAGCACCGCUCGCGCCUUUCAUUACUUCAUAGAUUAAAAUUAUUACAGCCAUGUCCUGAUCAGCUAUACCGGUAGCUGGACAUGGCUGGCUACUCGUCAAGGACCGGCCUUAGCGCGCGGCCAGGGCCGCAAGGGCAAGAGCAGGUGGCGAUACACGUCGGCAAGUUCGACUUUGACUCGGAGAUUGAGGGCCUUCGUGGACAUGUGAAAAAGAUUAAGCAGCUUUCAUUGGCUAUCGAGGAUGAGCAGAAACAGCAAGGGGAGCUCAUCAACUCCCUGGAGGAUACCAUGGAGCGCGCAAAGCUGGUCAUGCGGCGAGCCAUGGGACGCCUCAACUUAGCAUAUCGGCAGGCGCAGAGCAACCAUAUGCUGUACCUAAUACUGUUCGCGUUGCUAAUGUUCACAAUCCUCUAUGUCCUUGGCAAGGUCUACCGGAUAGGACGCGCAGUGAUUGGAGGGUGAUUAUGCCUUGUUGGCGCAGUGGUCCUUGCAGCAGGGGACAUGGGUGGGCCGGGGAAGGGGUCUGUUGCAUUAACUGGAGCCAGCAGACUCUUGACUCCCGAAGGACAAGUGCCUGGCAAUGAGGAGUCAUGGAGCGCUCCUUAGGAUGCUUAGGUGGAUGAUGGCUGGCACUGGACGAAAAAUAUAGGAGCGCUAUGCCGAUUAGGGAGAAUAACUAUAGGCGAUGUGACACUUUAGCUGCUUGGGCGCAGCGCCCAACUUUUCGGGUUGUCCUGCAUUUAUAAGGCGGAAGUAAGGUCUGCUGGAUGGUUUCGGUGGUUUGGCCGCUUAGGUGUUUUCUGAACUUUAACUUCUUCACUUGAACCGAAGCACUGCCUGUACCCACCUGAGAUAAGACCGUAAAUCAAAGAAGCAUAUAGUAGAAAGCUGAUCUGUGGAACGGUACCAUGCAGUCCUCUCGCACGCGUGUGCCGCUGCUGCUGAACACUGCACUAUCAUUUCAACAAGAGUUGGCAGUAUGCAACACCGUAGCUCGUGCGCUCCGUCAGGGUGAGAAAGGCGAGGUGCUUCGACAAGGCUUUAACCAACAGCAGCGGCUAUUCGGUAGCGCGUUGGCGGCCCAAUCGGGGCUCAUUGGGCUUGCUCGUCAAUUGACGCUCAACCAGUCACCGCUAGGGCUGCAGAGCCUGCGGCAGUUUGCAGCGGCAGCGACCCCGGAGCAGCAACCCAAGCAGCCGAAGGAGCAGGCCUACGACUCCCUGGAGCUGACGGAUGAGAAGAUCAACGCCAUCACCGACAAGAUCCCGCAGCGGCCGGUGGGGGUGGUGGAGGGCACCAGCUACACGCUCGUCAUCCUGGCGGCAUUCGGGGUCCUCGCCUUCGUGCUGUACCAGGUGCUGACCUCGCUCAUCUUCGAGCCCACCGCCAUGACCUGCUUCAACCACACCCUGGAGCGGCUCAAGGGCGACCCGCGCAUCACCGUGCGCAUCGGCGGGGCGGAUGACAUCAAGGCCUGGGGCACCAACAGCGAGAGCCGGGUGGCGCGGCAGCAGAUCCCGCACCAGAUAUACAAGGACGCCAACGGAGUGGAGCACGUGCGGAUCCAGUUCUACAUCCGUGGACCCAGCGGCACCGGCAUGGUGAACGCCGACAUGUACAAGGACGAGUCGGGCUCCUGGCAGUACACCUACCUGGUGGUGGACGCCUACCCCGCCUCGGGCAGCGGCUCGCCGCAGCGACUGGCGCUCAUCACCGCCUCGCGGUAGAGGAGGGGGAGGGGGAGGGAGCUAGCCGUAUGGCAUGAUUGACUUUGCCGUAGAGGGAAGCGGGCGGAACUGGCAGCCUUACGUGACAUUACGGUAGGGGGCUGCAGGGGGCUGUGUGUCCAUUUGGGCCACGAGGUGGCGGGGUUUGCUGGGAAGGAGGAUUGGUUGUUCGGGGCUUAUUGGGGGUGUGGACUGUGGUGUGAGGUGGAUAAGGUGGGUGUGGAGUGCGACGGCGAAGGGGGGGUCCGAACCUGACGGGGGGCUGAGGUGCAAAGUGGAGGGGUGCAUGCAAUUGUUUGUCGGGUGCUAAGGAGUUGGGUAAGGGUCGGUCUGAGGUUGAGGGAGCCUUAGCUGAGCUGCGGAGGGAAGCUUAUUGUGCUGGUAAUUAAGUUGAAGGUUAUGGUAGACGGCAUGCCUUUUCGUUGUAAGAGGAUUUGCAUGGUACGCCAGAAGCUGCUACGGGAUUUUAGGCUUGCUGUUACCUCUUACCUGGUGCUCGAGAGGACAGCAACGCCCAGCACGUGUGUAUUUGUGGAGGGUGCGGUGGUGCCUUGCCGCGGGCACCAGGGCACGUCUACCAGGGCUGCUAAGCCAUAGGCGGGCGAAACAGAGUUGCUGCUGUCAACAGGCCGUCAACAUGGUUGUCUCGUCUUCUGUUAGCCUUGGGUGCAUGAAAGGGCAGGCACAUACAUCCAGCGGAAGGGUCGGGAAAGAUGACGAAAGUGCCAUUAAUAUAAGUAAUUAUUUAGUUGACAAUAGGACGAUCGGUCUUUUUGGCACCAAACCCUGCUGCCCUCCACCUAAUUGCUCAUGACAACGGGGGCAGCGCCGGCCGCUGAAUGGACACGGAUGUUGCAAGAAUGUCGACG